AUGUUUAUGCGGCAAGGCCGAGUGUACUUCAAUCUGCUUUGUUCGCCGGGGAUCAGACAAAGAUCAGGUGGCAGGAGCAUUCCGAACUCAAUGACGAAAGCUGCCUUGGGGGCUCUUUGGACUUGGGCCUGCCGCACUACAGGGUACCUGAGGAUACAAUUGGACGGCCCGAUCACUGGCAACAACCUCACCUUGCACGGGAACAUGGAGUUUUAUGCUACAAGGCCAUUCCACAAGGCGUGUCUCCAAUUGACGGGCACCCUAUCAGUGGUCGGCACAGUGUUGAUCCAGAACUGCAGCAACGUCAACUCUCAGGAAAGUGGAGGUGGUGGACAAGCACGUGGGCUGCAGAUUCCGCCGACGGGCAAUCUUACCUUCCGGAACUGUGUUGCGAAGAGUAGUGGUGGAGGAUUCGCUUGUGGUGACCAUGGUGUGCACUUGACCGGAUCAUUGGCCUUUCACCAUUGCGAAGCGGAACUUCAGGGUGGCGGUCUGAUAGUAAGGUCAGGGGCCUUGACGCAAAAACAUGGCAGCUUGAAGUUCAGCCACUGCUUCUGUCGGCCGAGAUCGGAGAAGAGUCGCCCGAAGUGA